AUGGGAAGAAGGAGAGAGGGAGAGAGGGAGAGAGGGAGAGAGAGAGAGAGAGAGAGAGAGAGAGAGAGAGAGAGAGAUUCCUGUAAUAUUAGACUUGAUAUGCAGAUAAUCUGUGACGUCCAAGUACUACGAACAGUUUACGGAAAACCAUAG